AUGUCAGAAUAUUUUAGAAAAUACAUUAAAAAAGAAAAUUAUGGAAAUCAUUUGUAAUUUAAUAUCUAAUAUGUAGUACUAAUAUCAAAUAUAAAACAUCAUUUAGAAAUUGCAUCUUAGAAGUAUGAUUGCAUGAAUAAUGAAAGGCAUUUAAAAGAAGAAAUUGGAAAGAAACUGAUGGUGACGAUUGGGAUAUUAUGUGGGCUGAAAAAGAAUGGAUUCAUGAAGUUAUGGAUCAUAUUCAUAUGCAACAUCAUUAAAAAAUUAAUCAUUUUCGUAAUCAUUAUGAGGUAAUAUUUUUAAUUUUCUAUUUCAAUUAGUUAACUCGCAAAGAUCUCAUGAUAAAGAAUCUCAAAAAGUAAAAAAGAACCUUAGAAAAAGAGGGUAAAAUUGAUGAAGCCAAUGCGUAAUUAAAGUAAUUUAACGAUUUAGUUAUAAUUUUUUUCCACUGACCUACCAUUUACCUAGUGAAUAUCCUAUAUUUAAUGAAGAAUUUAAAAAGUAAGGUGACAACAAGACUGCAUGGAUCAUGAAACCAGUAAAAUAUUAUUUAUUAUCAUUUAUAGAUAGGGAAAUCAUAAGGAAGAGGCAUAUUCUUAUUUAACAAAAUAUAAUAAAUAUCUUAAUGGAAAAAUCAAGUUAAAUUCAAUCCUGAAAAUCCUUCUGCAGAAUCCUAUAUAGUUUAAAGAUACAUAGCCGAUCCUCUCUUAAUUGGAGGCAAAAAGUUUGAUACUAGAAUCUACUUAUUAUGUACUUCAUAUUCUCCUUUAACAUUAUACUUAUAUCGUACAGGUUUUGCAAGAUUCACUCAUCACAGAUAUGAUAAUUAAGAUAUAACUAAUACUUGUAUAAUUAUUUUUAUGAUUAUUAUAGAUGUUCAUUUAACAAAUGUAGCUAUUCAAAAGACUUCAGAAAAUUAUGAUGAAAAACUAGGUGGUAAAUGGGAUUUAUAAAAAUUAAAACUCUUUUUAAUGACUAAAUAUGGAUAGGAUAAAGUAUAAGAAUGUUUUUAUAAUGUUUAACAAUUAAUGAUUAAAUCGUUAUUAGCAGUUCAAAAAAUUAUCAUCAAUGAUAAACAUUGUUUUGAACUAUAUGGAUUUGAUAUUUUAUUUGAUUCUUAAUUAAAGCCUUGGCUUUUGGAAGUGAAUGCAAGGUAUAAAACAAGUAAAUUAACAAAAGUCCUUCUAUGACAUCUAAUACACCAAUUGAUUUUGAAUUAAAAUGUGGAUUACUAGAUGAUGUUUUUACAAUUAUUGAUCUUGAAAAAAUAUUAACUGGAAAUGAGGAAUAAAUUGGAGGAUUUGAUUUAAUUUAUAAAGGAGGUCCUAUCAAAAAUACUUAUAAUUGUUCUUAAAUAUCAUUUCUUGGUACUUUUAAUAAUAGAAAAAUAUAAUUAAAGAAACUAGCCAAAGCAUGUGGUAAGUAAUUAUAAAUAUUAAUUUUAAGCAUUAAAAUUGGCCAAUACAAAUGAUUAAAUUUAAGUGAAAAGUUCUGAAGGAAAUAAAAAUAAUAAUAAUAAUAAAGAUAAAGAUAAGGAAGAAAAAGAAAAAUAAAUGAGAAGUUCAUCAAAAAGUUCUUAGAUUGCAUAAGUUGUAUUUUUUGAAUUAAUAUUAAAGAAUUAAAAUAAUCCAAAUAAAAUUAUUAUCCAAUAAAAAGGAAUAAUAAGUAUUAAAAGAAAUUCUACAGAUCUACCUAUUUUAAUGAAUAAAUAAAAUGCAAUACGAAAAAUGCCUAUAUAAAAUAAUUAAUAAAAAUAGAAAAUAUAAAUUUAACAAUAAAAAGAAGAAUAUCAAUAGAAUAAAGUGUAUGAAAAAUAAAUAAUUUUGUUAGAAUAUCUUAGUUAAACAAUUCUUCAUUCAGUCCAAAUGUUAAAUUAGAGAAUGCUUCUAAUCAUCAAAAUCAUUAUUUACCAAAAGAUAGUUUUAGAACGUUACCUAGAAUUGUUAAGGAUGAAUCUUACAUUUCAGAUGUUUGA